CCCCCCAGUCGGUCCCCCCUUCCUCACACACACAGCAGAGCUCGUGGCCUUAGCUCAGGUGUCUGUAGUAGUUAGGUUCCUACAAGUGUGUCCGAGAUGUCCGAGCAUCGCGUUUGUGUGAGUGACUACGAGGUGGACGCUAAGAGGAUCCUCCCUAAGGCGGUCUACGACUACUACCGCUCCGGGGCGGACCAGCAGCAGACACUAGAGGACAACACAGCUGCCUUCAACAGGUGGCGUCUGCGGCCGCGGGUGCUGCGGGACGUCUCCGAGGUGGACACGUCCUGCUCCGUCCUGGGCCAGCCGCUCAGCGCGCCUCUGAGUGCGGCCGCCACGGCCAUGCAGCGGAUGGCCCACCCAGACGGAGAGACCGCCACAGCCAGAGCAUGUAAACAAGCUCAAACGGGGAUGAUGCUGAGCUCCUGGGCCACGUCCACCAUAGAGGAAGUGAGCGUGGCGAGCGAUGGAGGCGUGCUGUGGAUGCAGCUUUACAUCUACAAGGACCGAGAGCUGACGCUGUCCCUGGUUCGCCGCGCAGAGGAGGCGGGCUACAAGGCCAUUUUCGUUACCGUGGACACGCCCUACCUUGGAAAGAGGUGGGAUGAUGUGCGCAACCGCUUCAAGCUUCCCUCGCACCUCAGUAUGUCUAAUUUCUCCACAGAAUCCUUGGCCUUCUCUGAGGGUAGCUAUGGCAACGACAGUGGACUGGCGGUCUAUGUAGCCAAGGCGAUAGACCCAACCCUUUCUUGGGAUGACAUCGCCUGGCUUAAAGAGCACACGAGACUUCCAGUGGUGGUCAAAGGAAUAUUAACAGGUGAAGACGCCAGGCAGGCUUUGUCCCAUGGAGUCGACGGCAUACUGGUGUCCAACCACGGCGGUCGACAGCUGGACGGUGUGUCCGCAACGUUGGACGCGUUGGAGGAGGUGGUGCAGGCCGUGCAGGGCCGCUGUGAGGUGUACCUGGACGGAGGCGUGAGGAGGGGCACGGACGUCCUGAAGGCGCUGGCUUUAGGGGCCAGGACGGUGUUCGUGGGAAGGCCGGUCCUGUGGGGGCUGGCGUGUGAGGGAGAGAAGGGAGUGAUCGACGUUCUGACACUUCUGAAAGACGAACUUCGUCUGGCAAUGGCGCUGGCAGGUUGCCGUUGUACAGCAGAGAUAAGCAGGUCCACUGUCACGAGACAGGAAUUCACAUCCAGAAUCUGACCCGUCCACAUUACUGAAGACCAACUCCCAAACCACGGUCACAGAUGUUUGGCCUUCUUAUUGUACACUCUGCUUUGCCCCUACUUUGUGAAUCGAUUCAUCAUUAUUUUAAUGAACACAGUAAACGCAUCAGCAUUUAAAUACACAAA